AUGGAGAUGACGUGGUCCCUUAAAAAGAUUUUGAAUCUUAGAGACUGUACAAGCAAGAUAAUCAACAUUCAAAUUGGAAACAGUAAUGUUCCACAAGUUAAGAGCGCAGAUUGGAACGACCUUCUUAGGACUAUUCCAGAAGGUGCGAGAAUUCUUGAUGCACUCUCAUCCUAUCAACUGAAUAACCAUGAGGAUGCUCGUAUUUGGAGUGUCAAAAACAAUGGCAAGUUCGACUCAGGGUCUGCAUGGGAUUUUGUUCGUGAUAAUGGGAACCUUGUCCCAUGGUCCCACUUAGUGUGGUCUACCAAAGUGAUCCCCAUACACCAAUUCAUUUUAUGGCUCGCCUUUCGCGAGAGACUCUAUAACCGUGAUUGGAUCAAAAAGAACAUGAGCAUCCCGGAUCCUAAUUGCCUCAUUUUGUUGAGAAAUGAGGAGACCUUUGAACACUUCCUUAGGUACUUCCCUUUCGUCUCCUUGCUUUGGCGCAUAUUCUCUGUAUCAAUGAGUCUCCUCAGCUUCCCAAAUGAAUGGACCGACAUCAAGGAACUCGCCAUAAAAAAGACCAAGGGAAAUGACUUCAGCUCCAAUACCUUCAAGAGUUUCUUCGCCAACAUUAUUUAUCACAUUUGGAUGGAGAGGAACACUAGAGUCUUCUCAGGAGUCCGCAACAAUUCGGACACAGUAUGGAACAAUAUUAUCAUAGAUGACAACUUUCUCAUCCAAACGUAG